AUGACCGCUGUAGCGAAUCCCCCUAGUUUUGCCAACUUAAACCGGCCGGCAUGGGGCAUUAAUGGUGGGCAGACGAUCAACACCAUGAAUCCUGAAGGUCGAGGCAUGUUUGCCCCUCGAAAAACCAUCCAAAGAACGAACUCUUCAUCUUCGAUAACCUCCUCAUCAUCCGCCUCUUCGACUGGCACUGUUACUUCAAGUCAACAUACGAACGGGAAUGCCAUGCCAGCCGCCGGAGAGCUGGGUGGGUGGCCAGGCCCUGCGCCUCGGAAGAGGCCCCAACCGAAAGGCCAAUGGCCGGCAGGAAAACCAGACGGGCAGCCUGGUGACUUUGUGAGAAUGGCAGCUGGACGUCCGCCAAUGCCGAACGGCGUGAACGGUGUCUCGUCCUUGCACCAGCCGUCGUCGAUUCUCGCGUCCCAGAAUCAGAUGAUGUCACAGAGCGGCAUGCCUCGGCAGGGCGCAGAAGCGCUUGCUGCUGGCGGGCAGCCUGUGCUAUACCUGCUCUCUCUCAACGGGACUUUCGAACGGAAAACAAUUUCGGUCCCCUUCUAUCCGGACACCUUGCGAAUCGGCCGACAGACCAAUGCAAAGACGGUGCCCACGCCUAUCAACGGGUUCUUCGACAGCAAGGUCCUCUCGAGGCAACACGCCGAAAUCUGGGCGGACAGGAACGGCAAGAUCUGGAUUCGUGAUGUCAAAUCCUCCAACGGGACAUUUGUGAACGGCACGCGCUUGUCUCCUGAGAACCGCGAGUCGGAACAGCACGAGCUACAGACCCAAGACCACCUCGAAUUAGGCAUUGAUAUUGUGAGCGAGGAUCAGAAGACGGUCGUCCACCACAAGGUUGCAGCUAAGGUGGAGCAUGCCGGCUUUGUCAGUCCGUCCAACAACCUUCACGAGAUGAACUUCGGAGACUUGGAUCCCUCGAAUAGCGGAAUGGCGCCCCUGGGAGGAAUGCCCUUCAGGGGGAGAACUGGUAGCCAAUCCUCCAUCAACAGCCGCAUGGGCCCUGCUGGAGGCGUGGUGAGUGCGCAGGCAAACGGGAUGGCACAUCAGCGCCAAUACUGGGUCAACCCGGUGACUACAGAACAUAUUAUAAAACGGCUUCAUAAUGAGAUGCGCAAUGCUCGUCUCCAGAGCCAAGACCUGAAUCGCACAGGGCAGUUUCUCAACGCUCUCUUGUCGAAGGACGAGAUAAAGAAUCAGGAGAAGCCGGAAGCCCCCGAACCUCAAAAGGCUCCCGUUGUUAACGGCAGUGGCUUAUCAUUCCGAUCGGAUGGCGGGAAGACCAGAUUCUCCGAUCCCCCUGCGCCUCCUCCGUCGCAACCUCUGCCAGAGAAGCCUGAUGUUGCCAGGCCGCACCAUUCCGACAUUCCGUCCCUCAAGCGAGCGAUAACUGAGCGGCCUAAAUCGCACCCUACGAACACUGCCCCUCCUGUGCGACAAGACAACCUGGGCCAGAUUAUUCAGCUCACCGAAGCCCUCAACAGCGCCAAGAGAGAAAUUGAUAACCACAGUGCUAGGGUGCGCGAGUUGGAGGAGAUGUUUCACAAAGAGCGCGAGGCUCGAUUGCAGGCGGAGGACCUGGUCCAUAAGAUGGAGCAGACGAAGAAGGCCAAAAUAAAUGGUUCGGCGGUACCAGAUCUCCCGAACGGCCAUUCGGAACUCGACAGGGCGUUUGAUCCACCUGCAGAGACCUCUUCGUCGCCGGAAUUAAAAUCUGACCCGAGCGAAGCGGGCAAUCCCCCGUCACAGCCUGACAGAGUCGAAGCGGCCGCCGCAGUCUUCCAAGCCCAAAUAGACUCCAUGGUUGUGGAAAUGAGGGGGCUAAGGGAUCAACUUGAUUCCUACAGACAGCGCGCCGAGAAGGCAGAGGCCGAACGGGACGCGAACCAGACGACCUUGGCGGAAUUGGUGAUGCAGAUUCGGAGACGAGACGAAGAGGAGAGGCGGGCAGCUGAGCGGAAGUCGCGCUCUCCCUCAAAGGGUCGGUCGCGUUCCACACAUUCUGGCCAGGACAAGGACCCGGAAGAGACCACCUCCCUUCCAAACGGCAUUGUCGCAGAAGACAGUGUCCAACCACAUAGCACCACCGAAGUCCUCGACGACGAACCAACACUUUCCAGGGCCAACACUAUGAAGCCGUCGACGGGAGCGCUCAGUAAGUCGACUCAUGAUCAAGCGUUGAUACAAAGCCUCCCUUACGCGUCGAUGAUCGGUGUGGUGCUCCUCGGCAUGGGGUUGAUGGCGUACAUCAACGGGUGGCAGCCUCAAUCUCGUCUAGAUCGAUAG